ACACCAACUCAUUCACGGUGACGUUUGUCGUAAAUCUGCGUCCUUUCUAGCCGUGGUGGUUCUUCACUCUAGUGAAAGAGAGUGAGUGAGAAGGCACACUGAAGAACUCACAAAAAGGGACGGAAGACAAGGGGAAUCAUAAAGUCUCUUCUCUUCAUCCCCACUCGUGGCCUAUGACUGUCCUAUUCCAAGACAGAUGACUUCUUAGCGCUCGUUCGCAACUCGGAACGCACUUCAUUCGACCUGCUGAGUCGUUCGGUUCUAUUUGUUGGACGCGGCUUCCGGUGUGGUGGUGACACGCGUGUGUAGUGCAGUGCGAUCUCUCGUGCAGUUCUUAGUGUUUGGCAGCAACUAUAAUCAUCGCCAAUAUUGGAAAGUAGCAGUUCAUUCUUCCCAAUCGGAUUGCUUCCUCAAACCUUCCAAACAGAAUGGACGAGUCUAGCUAAUUUGUGGUGGCACAGAUUCAAAGGCAAGAGCGUGAACGAUGUACGGCCAGUACACAUCAGAAAACUUCUACACCUCAGAACAUUUUUCUGAGGAUAAAAGAGAUUCGUUCAUUUCUAUACCACGAGUGAAACAGGAGUGGAAUAGGAGCGAAUCUUACAAUCGAGGCAAACACGACUUGACCAGCAGCACUCACGAUCUUCAGAACAACGAAAACAAUAACUGGAGUAAUGUGACAGAGAACAACAACAUGCUGCAGUCAGUGUGCUACAACAACAUUGACGACUGUUGUUCCGUGGGGCAGGAGGCGGUGCAGGUGGCUGCGGAGGCGGCGUCUGCUGCCCCCAGGAAGAGGAAGAGGUCGCGCUCAUCCAGCCUCAACAAAAGCCCUCUCAGCGAAUCCAAUUGCGGCAAGUCCAGAAGAAGGCUAUCUUCACAUAGUGUCGAAGAAUUACAGACCCAGAGAGUUAUGGCGAAUGUAAGAGAACGCCAAAGAACACAGAGCCUGAACGAAGCAUUCGCCUCAUUGCGCAAGAUAAUUCCGACUUUGCCUUCAGAUAAGCUGAGCAAAAUCCAAACCCUAAAGUUGGCCGCUAGAUACAUAACGUUCCUCUACCAAGUGUUGCAUUGUGCACCAUCCGAACAAUCAAACAGCAGCUCAACUGCUGCACUGCUUCCAAUCAAGAAUGAAUCGUGUGAUGACUCAAAUGAUUUUGAGAUGAGUCCUGGUAACUCAAGAUCAGGGGCUGUUACACCUUGUAAUUAUUUGGCUCACGAGAAACUGAGUUAUGCAUUCAGUGUGUGGAGAAUGGAAGGUGAUUGGAAUAGUGGAGAAGGAAUAUAAAGACUGUAAACGAUUCGUAAUUUCAUUGUUGUUAAGAAAAAAAAUGAUCAGUUUUAUCCAAUUUUAGCAGUCAAUUGUAAUCCACUUAUUUCACUGUUUGAAAAUUAUAUUCUAUUGAUCUUUAUUUUGAAAUUGUAAUAUUACAUAUGAGUUAUUAUACUAAGUGCCGGUUGCACAGAAGCUGGUUAAAUUUUAAUCGUGAAUAAUUUCAAGAGAACCAAUGGAAGAAGCCUUCUUUUCGAAUAAAACCUACUGUGAUUGGUUCUCGUGAAAAUUAAUCACGAUUAAAAUUUAGCCGGCUUUUGUGCAACUGGUCCUAACUAUUGAACGUAUUUCCUGAUUAAGUUACUCACGAGGUUUUGAAAAGUUAAGUGGAACAUGUGAAAUGUUAACAUUCCAUAAUUAUUACUUAUGAGUUUUUAAUUGAUUAAACUUAUUUUGAAUUCCAUCAACAUAAAUACAUCUGAAAAUCAAAUGGUUAUCCUAAUGUGUGAGCUUGAUCAAACUGCGGCUGCAGUGAAGUCUCAUAUUUUACAGCUCACAAUUAUAAUUAUUUAUAGUAGAUUGCUGACCUACUUGGAACUUUGAAAAAAUGAUAGCCUACAGAACUUGAAUUCGAAAAAUGUUUUCCUCUUUUCCAAGUACUUUAUAUCAUAUGCCAUAUGCCAGGCAAGCAUACAAUUAGAAUUAUAUGAGAAAAAUGACCCUUAUGAAAACACAUAUUCUUUAUGCUGACUCUCUACAGUAAUUUUGAUUAGAUUUGAUACGUCAAUAAGUAUCUUGGAAAACUGAUGGAGCUUGUUGGGUAUGCAUGUACAAGUAUGAUUCAGCUUCUUCAAAAACAAUUUGUGAAAAAAUUACUCUAGUAGUGCAAGAAAUUAAAUUGAUCUUACUCCUUCAAACGGCAUAAUAAUAAUAAUAAUUUCCAGUUACAAUUUUUAAUACUUUCUGCAAUUUGAUUCAAUUCAUCAAUCAAAAGUUUUAUCUUAGCCAAAGCUCUAAUCUCUUUGUAUAUACUGUUUUACCACAAUAAUUAAUUACGAUUAUUUUCUUAGAGUACUAAUUUUCAGUUUCUUAUUGGAGAAUAAUAUUGGAAUUUACAAAUACGUCCAGAAUUCAAUGAUAUGUUUGUUCAUGGUACGUUAGUUACCGUUUUAUAAUUAUAAGAAAAUUCUGUUUGUGUAUGUAUUUAUAUGUAAGAGUUGUUCAAGAGUUAUUUUCAAAUUCUACUUUGUGUUACUUAACAAGGUAAAUCUAGUUGAAUGAUACAUUCAUUUUUUUACGAAUCACUUUUGAUGAGUCACAAUCCAUUACUUUACUGUAAUCGAAUUAUAAUGCAUUAUCAAUAGCCUACUGUAAUUGGUUCUUUGUUGAAUAUUUUAUUUUUGUGUGGCAAGCUCAAGUGUCUUUGACCUACUGGAACGUAUACAAUGAAUGUAUGAAGAGGGACAUCAAUGAUUUUUUAACAAAAAAAAUAUCAGACUUCUAGCUUGUAAUAAUUGAUUAUUUUCUAUACUAGCGAUAUUGAUUAUUUUCUAUUUCAUCAUUAUUCAAUUGGAUAAUUUUUGUAUUUCAAUGAUGUAUCUACUUCAAUAAAAAUUGUUUAUAUGCAC